GGGGCGAGGGGUAGUGCACCGCCGCAAUCUGCUCACCGGGUCUUGUGGUCCGAGUCGCCCCUCUAGAAAUGGUGUAUCUAUCACUUCGCAUCUGCUUUAGGCAAAAGAAUGGUCCCUGAAGUUUGCUGAGAAAUGGAGUGCUGCUGCGGUCUCUCCUUGCGAUCUUCGGCUUCGGCUCUUCUCGAUCCUCAGGGGAUUUCUUCAUCACACACUUGCAAAAGAAACUCCGGUGACUUGCAUCGUCAAGUGCUAUCCCUCCGUGCUAAGCAAUUUAUCCCACAUGCUUAUAGAUUGGAUCCAUGUCUUUACAAGGAAGCUCUGCCUCCUUUUAAAUACUCAAGAAAGUACAAGGGAGCUAUAUCUGCUGAGUCUGGUCGGCAAACUUGGGAUUUUGGUAGAUUCAUUAGAACAUUGUAUUUUUUUAAUGGACCUCCUAAUCCUGCCAAGUUCAUCGAAUCUCUGAUCGAAAAACUGUCAAGUCCAACAUCAACUGAACUAAUAAAGAAAAUGGAAACUUCUGAUAUGGUGCUGGUAGCUGGAGCCACUGGUGGUGUUGGACGAAGGGUAGUUAACAUCUUAAGGAAUAAAGGGUUUCCUGUUUGUGCACUGGUUAGAAAUAAAGAGAAGGCAAGAUCCAUGUUAGGGCCUGAUGUUGACUUGAUUGUUGGAGAUAUUACUAAGAUGGAAACGCUUUCUCCCGAAUACUUCAAAGGGGUGAAAAAAGUCAUCAAUGCAGCUUCUGUUAUCAUCGGCCCAAAGGAAGGGGAUACUCCUGAUAGAGCAAAGUACAGCCAAGGGAUUAAAUUUUUCGAACCUGAGAUAAAAGGAGAUUCACCAGAAAAAGUAGAAUAUAUCGGAAUGCAAAAUCUGAUUAAUGCAGUGAAGAAUAGUGUAGGGCUACAGGAUGGAGAAUUGUUAUUUGGAUUCAAAGGCAAUAUCACAGGGAAGCUUAUCUGGGGUGCUUUAGAUGAUGUUGUCAUGGGAGGUGUUAGUGAAAGUGGAUUCCAGGUUGACCCUAAGGGAAACGAAGAUGGCGGACCGACUGGGUUGUUCAAAGGUGUUGUUUCAACUGCAAACAAUGGUGGAUUCACCAGUAUCAGGACCAAGAAUUUUUCUACACCUGAAGACCUUUCAGCAUAUGACGGUAUUGAAAUGAGAGUUAAAGGUGAUGGACGUCGUUACAAGCUCAUUUUACGCACUAGUUAUGAUUGGGAUACGGUGGGUUAUACAGCAAGCUUUGACACCACAAAGGAGCAGUGGCAGACAAUAAAGCUGCCAUUUUCUUCAUUUAGGCCUAUAUUUCGUGCUCGAACUGUGACAGAUGCUGCCCCCUUUGACCCGAGCAAAAUAAUUUCGCUGCAGCUCAUGUACAGCAAGUUUGAGUAUGAUGGGAAACUCAACCCAACUUUUGUGGAAGGUUCAUUUCAGCUUCCAUUUUCCAGCAUACGAGCAUACAUUAAUGAGCCUAUCACUCCCAGGUUUGUACAUGUGAGUUCCGCAGGGGUUACUCGACCUGGCAGACCUGGACUGGAUUUAAGCAAACAACCGCCUGCAGUGCGCUUGAACAAGGAGUUAGGCUUUGUCCUCACAUAUAAACUGAAGGGUGAAGAUUUGUUACGUGAAAGUGGUAUUCCGUAUGCAAUUGUUCGGCCAUGUGCUCUAACAGAAGAACCUGCAGGAGCUGAUCUCAUUUUCGAUCAAGGAGACAAUAUAACGGGUAAAAUUUCAAGGGAGGAGAUUGCACGAAUCUGCAUUGCAGCUCUGGAUAGCCCAUAUGCAUGUGGGAAGACCUUUGAGGUGAAAAGUACUGUGCCGUUUAGUGAGCUGUAUGUGAUCGACCCCGAAAACCCUCCACCGGAGAAGGACUAUGAUGAGUACUUCAAGAACUUGAAAGAGGGUAUAACAGGGAAAGAGGCAUUAGAAGGGAACCCGGUGCCAGUUUGAGAGAUGCAGCUUCAUGUCAUUAUCCUACUUGUGCAGAUAUUAGCUUUUCCCUAAUGUAUGUGACGUUUUACACUUUGAUAUAUUAAUGACAGUAUAUCAUGGCCAUUUUUCUUUCUUUUUUUCUUUCUUUCAUACACACUGAUACAUCAAUAACAGAUAUUAGCUUUUCCCAAUAAAUCAAGCGAAUGUGCGAUAGCAUUUA